UACCAGCUAUGACCUCCAUAACUCAAACCUUCAACACUACGCCACCAUCAUUCCCCCUCUCUCCUCUCCCCCCAUAAUCAAAUGGCCACGUGCCUCCCGUUCCGCGCCAUCCCCCUCAAACCCCACUUCACCAGCCCCGCUAAAAUCACCUGCUCCGCCCCCACCGCCCAAUCGCAGCUCGCCAAGCAACGCCUCCUCAACCUCAUCGGCGACCAGGACCGCGGCCUCAUGACCCAGAACAACCCCACAAAGCUCGCCUCCAUCGUCAAGGCCAUCGACGACCUGGCUGAUCUUGGCCGAGACAGCGUCACCACCGGCGGCUCCCUCUCGGCCACAUGGCGGCUGCUCUGGACCACGGAGAAGGAGCAGCUCUUCAUCAUCCAGAAAGCUUCCUUGUUCGGCACGCAAACCGGCGACGUCUUGCAGGUGAUCGAUGUCGGGCAAAGGGUGCUCAACAAUGUCAUCACUUUUCCUCCGGAUGGGGUUUUCUUCGUCCGCUCUGAUAUCGCCAUCGCUUCAAAUCAGAGGGUUAAUUUCAAAUUUACAAGUGCAGUUCUAAGAGGGAAAAGCUGGGAAAUUCCAUUGCCGCCGUUCGGGCAGGGCUGGUUUGACACUGUGUACCUUGAUGACGAGAUUCGAGUUGUGAAGGAUAUCCGAGGAGACUAUUUGGUUGUAGACCGUGCUCCCUACACUUGGAAAGAAUGAAGAAGAAAGUUGUUUGCAGUGACCUCAUUAUUUCUCCUAGUGACACAAUCUGUGGGUUUGAAUCUGUAUAUGUAGAUGAUGAUCGUAGAGUUGCAGAAGACAUUCAUGGAGAUUACUUGGUUCUUGACCGUGCCUCCUUAUGUUUGGAAAGACGGACGUGCAAAGAGUUGGUAGUUCACCCGUUUCCUGUGAAUGCUUUGUUUAUAAGUGAAUAUUUGAAGUUUUCCUUUUGCGAUCAUGUUUUUUGUUGUAUAAAUAUCAUUAUACACAUCUAGUGGAAUUUCUCUCCUCCUGUUUAUGUGAGGUCGUAGGUUUGACUCCCGAGAAUGGUAACUUCGAUACCAAAGUAUUAUUGGCUCAUUGUGUGACUUAACUCAACCUCCGACCCCAAUGGUGAGUUUGGACAAGUGUUUGAUACUAAUAGUAGUCUUUGAUAUUUAGAUCA